AUGCGCUUCAACGCUUUUAUAUUCUCCGCCCUGUGCGUCAGUCCCCUGGCCUGGAUCGAUGCCGUCUCCGCAGCGGACAGCUGUAAGGCGCUCGCCGACGAGACGGUCACGGACCUCAGCGACUGCUGCAGCGGAACCCUGCCCCGCAACGAGACGGUCAACUUCAACCUGGUCGAGAUCUCCUGCGGCCAGCGGCCGGCCUCGACCGGCGCCAUCUCUCGCUACAAGAUGAACUCGGCCCUGAACUGCGUCAGCCUGAUCCUCCGGGGUGAGCGCGCGCUGGUGGCCUCAUGGGACCCCGUCCGCAAGGAAUGCUGGCACACCAAGGCCGGCGACCCGCCGCUCACCAGUGCCCCGGGGUUCCUGCUGAUGCGGUAUCAGGAGGAGAUGGAGCAGGAGGACUGCACGAUCCGCGUCAAGCAGGUCGAGGACAAGUGCCGGCAGGACAUGGCGGCGGAGCAGACCAAGUGUGAUCAGGACAAGGCUGGGGACAAGGCCAAAUGCGACCAGGAUAAAACCACCCUCGAGAAUGAAUGCAAUAAGAAACUCGAGGACCAGAAACAGUCCUCCAAGCAGCAGUGCGCCCUGAAGACCGAAUGCGAGAAGAAACUGGACGACCAGAGGAAAGAGUCCCAGGAUCAACUUCAGCAGUGCCGCCGCGAGGGCCAGAGCCAUCUUGGGAAUGGGGCAUGGCCCAAGAACGAUGCGAUGACCAACAAGAGACUGGCAGCCACCGCGCUCGCAUACUCGCCCAGCAAUCCCAACCAAGUGGUGACCGUCGACUUCGCCCGGAAUAUCGACAUCCACGAUGUGACGACCGCGCAGACCACACGGCUGGCAACCAUGCAAUCGAGCGACGGGGUCGCGACGAGCAUUGCCUGGCACCCCGACGGCCAGUCGGUUAUGGUGGCAUGCUACUAUGGGGUCGUCAAGCUUUACACCGUCGGCCCCCCCGGCACCACCUCGACUAUCUACACGCUGCUGGACGAGAAGAAAGAGACCAAGGGCACCAAGGUCGCUUUCUCGCCCGAUGGGAAGACCGCUGUCGCUGGCUUGGAAGACGGCCGCGUCCUGCUGUGGGAUGUGACCUCGCGUACUCGACUGCCCAUCUCGGCACAAGACAAGCACUCAGCGGCGGUCAAUGGGCUGACCUUCUCCUCCAAAGACGGGACUUUGGUCACCGCGUCCUCCGACAAGACCAUCAAGUUCUGGACCGGAGGCAAAGUCGUCCAGACACACCCUCUUAACGUCGAGGUGCGGAGCGUGGCGUUCUCGCCUAGCGGGGUCCACCUUGCCUGCGGUCUACAGGACUCCAGCAUCAAGAUCCUGGACGCUGCAUCCCAAACCCAGCGCCGCGACCUCCGCGCUCAUGCCUCGGCGGUGGUCGACGUGGCGUUUUCCGCCGAUGGGAACGCACUGCUGUCUGCUUCCGAGGACCGAACCGUUCGCGUCUGGUCCUUGAUUGGAGACUAUGCACAGACCACAGAUACCGACAAGAAGGCCCAGGCCAUUGCCGUGUCACCCGGAGGCAAUUCCCUCGCCGUGCUCUUCGACAUGCGGCCGGUCGUUUUCUACGCGAAGCCCUAA